GGCAACGCUUUGGCAGUUAGACAGCAACAAGCGUGCGGCGCAUAAAUAAUAACUUAAAAACGAACUUAAGCGCAAAUGAUUGCGUUCAGAAACUGUGCCGUGCUAGUGAUAAUAGCUUCAAUAUGUAGCUUUCUUUACGGUAUUUUCCACAUACACGUCGAGGUGGAGCCAAACGCCUGCCGCAUGACAUACAUGUUUGGUCAACCACAAUUUGCCCGGGUGAGAUUUGAUGCGAAUAAACAGUUUCCCAAUUAUGGCCUCUACUACUACUAUGAGGGCGUGCGUCAGCCAGUGGAUCCGCACAAGAUGCGCAUGACGGGCGCUCCAGUUAUCUUUGUACCAGGCAAUGCCGGCUCCUACAAGCAGGCGCGCUCGCUGGCUUCUGUCGCGUUGCGCAAGGCGCGAGAUAAUCCCGAGUCGGGUAUUCAUUUAGAUUAUUAUACGAUUGACUAUGAUGAGGAGCUAUCGGCGCUUUAUGGCGGCUAUAUGUAUCAUCAGCGUUCGUUCCUGAAGCACUGCAUUCACACAAUUCUGUCGCUGUAUAAGCAGCCGAGUCCCAUUGUACUCAUCGGUCACUCCAUGGGCGGCAAGCUAGCGCAGUCGGUGCUGACAGAUGCGCAGAUUGGACAUUAUAUCAAUUCAAUUAUUAGCAUAUCGACGCCGCUCGAUCAGCCGGUGCUCAAUUUGGAUGCACACCUCAGUCAGUUCUAUGCCGAGACACAUGAGCUGCUCAGUCGCACACGGACCGCCACGCACCCAACAAGCACGACAAAUGUGUGCCAAAGCCUUCAUCAGAAGUCGCCCAGUGAGCAGCGCAUCGCUAACCAGGAGCUAUCCGCCAGUCUCGACAAUGUGCUGCUCAUCUCAACAGGCGGCGGCAAUCGAGAUCUGCUUGUCCACGCCGGUUUGACCACAUCGCAGUUUAACGAUCUGCAUGCGAUGACCUCGGCCAUUCCUCGUGUGAGUCUCAGCUGCGAUCAUUUGUCUGCCGUCUGGUGUCUCCAAUUCAUGCAGGUCAUCAAUCGGUUCCUCUUCAGCAUUGCUCAGCGACGCGACGACUCCACCAUCAUCUUCAACAGCAACAAACAGCGCAAUAUGCAUGCCGCCCUGUCGCACUUUGUGAAACAACGAACUCGCCAGCAGAGCAUGUUCAGCUUUCAAACGCACAGCAAUUGGCAUGAGGAGCGUCGCAUGGUCAUCAACAAGUUCUUUGCCAAUGGCCUGAAAAGUCACUACCAUGAACUGAUUGGUAUACAGCGCCCGGAACGCUAUAAGAAACUUGCCAUUGAGGCUUUGAACGUUGAGAGCGAUGAGAAUUGGCUAUUUGGUUGCGAAUCGCAUAAGGACAACGAAACGGAGCUAAACUACUGCGACAAGGCGACACCGCUGACGCAUCUCGUCCAGCGUUUAACAAAUGGCGACAAUGCGCCACGCAGCGUUGCCCUACUCGAUUUGCACAAUUUGCGGAAAACGUACAGGCAGUGGACGCACGUGAUGGUGCGACUACCGGCGGUCAGUCAACGCACUGGCUACAAUCUGGACAUUUACGAUCCCAAGGAGCGCAUCCUGGACAUACGCAUGCCGCGCUGGUACGCCUAUGGACGCCGUACAAUUGUGAAUGAGACGCUGCAGGGCACUUUGCACUAUCGCUUGCGCAUCUCGGAACUCGUUGAACCCUAUCAGAGUUUGCGCAUUGUGAUUGAGCCGUUGCAGUGUUUGCAGCCCAAUUAUCGCAUCACAGCCAAAUUGUGUGUUCCCUGGGCUGCCGGCUUUGACCGAUAUCAGACGUUAACUUCACCGGAUCAAAAGCCAGGAUUGUAUAUCAAUGUACCCACCAUGAUGCCCAGGCAUUAUAAUACCACAUUGAAUCCCGUCACGCUCGAUUUGUAUUUGGAUCCCAUUUGUCGUUAUCGCAUCAGCUAUGAGUAUUCAUAUGCGGACGCUCUGUCGCGCUUGGUGCUGGAGUUUUACGGCUGGUUCCCGGCACAUUUGGUUUGUGUUCUGUUGAUUGUGCUCCGCAAACAGUUGGAUAAGUUUCAGCCCGCUGGUAGCUUCAAGAGCCUCAAGCCCUACGUUGGUUACCUGCAGUACACGUCGCUCUAUAUUGUCACAGGUUGUCGCUUGCUCAAGAAGCUAAUAUUAAACCUAAAAGUAUUGCCGACACCGGAGCCACUGGACUAUAGCAUUAAUAUAUCGAUAAUCAUACAAUGCAUGGCAAUUGGACUGUCAAUAGUUGCCGCCUUGGGCGUCUGGCUAUCACUGACAUUGUAUGGAAAUGCAUUCCAUCGCUUGGCGCUGCGUCUAACACGGCUCUCCACAUCCGGUUCGAACAUAAUGAUCUCGAUAAUGACACAUCUGCCGAUUACGUUAGGCAUCUUGACCAUUGCGAUCGCGUUGGCGACCUGCAGUGGAUUGGCGUUACUUUUGGCCUUUGUCUUUUACUUUCUGAUGCUAUCGAACGCCUAUAAAGAUUAUCUGGAGGAUUAUCUGUGGCAGAAGGCGGCCAAUCUGGUGCAUAUGGCCACAGGCACGCGCGGAACACAAGCACCAACAAAUGAUUCAAGAUCUACCAAUGCGGAAAAUGAGUGUGAGAGAGAACAGGAGCUGGAACAAGAACUGAAGCUGGAGACUAGCGAUGAUAGCGAUGCCAUCGAGAACGAAGCAACUGAAGAUCAGCAGCAGCAACAACAGCACGAUGAACAGCAACAGCAGCAACGGGAACAGGAGCAGCAGCCCGAAUCGGAGGAGGAGAAAGAAUGCUGUGUGGGUUUGCAGAACUUUCCAUUUCAUAUAACGCUGUUGCUAAUGCUGCUCGUCCAGCUGCUCCUCAGCGUUCCCACCAGCUUGGCCUGGCUGCGCAGUCGCCGACAUGGCAUUGUUCUGCCCGAUCCGUGUUUACUUACCAGCAUUGUGGUGCUGGGCUCAUUAAGUCUGCUCCUUCAGCUCCGCGCUCCACAAAAAUUGCGGUUCUACUGGAUGUUGUCAAUCAUAUUGUAUUUUUUCGCCGGCAUUGUGCUGCUCUAUUGCCAGGCGGCCAUUUAUCGUCUGAACUAUGUGAUUGCUGGCGCCUUUGUCAUGCUGGCCGUUCAUCAAAGUCUGGCGAGGCUAAUCCUAAAGAUGCUGCACUAACUCCGAAGAACAAAGAGCUAAAGAAAUAAGAGAGAAGCAAACUUCGAUGCCAUGCAGUUCAUUUCAACUGUAAUUUGUAUUAUAAGACUUUUUUAUUCUGUUAUUUAGUGCUUUUAUGUAGUUUUUUGUUUUUUUUUUUUUAUUUUGUAUGCCUAACUUUGUAUUAUGUUUAUUUUUUUUAUUUUGCGUAAGCCAUACCAAAUAUGUAAACUAGCUAUAAAUGCGAUAGUAACUUAACGAGAUGUCUGAUAUAAUAAGUAUUUGGCUCUACAAAUGACAUGCUAUGUUUUUGUGCAUGAGGUGCGGGAAGCCCAUAAUAAUCUGGGCGUCGGCAUCAUCGAUCGAUCAUUCGAUUGCAACGUGUGUGACUAAAAUGUCAACAAUGCCAUUUAUAUAAAAUGUAUGAAAAUUCAUAUAAAAAAAAUGAAACAUGAAUGGCAAAUUACACACAACAACACGAAUGAGAUUCAUUUUUUUGUGAGAUUUAUGCGUGUCUAGCUACAAUUAUAUAUUAAGUAACUAAUAUUUUAACCGAGAGCCUACAAGCUUAAACAAAAAUGUAGCUAAAAACAAACCAAAUAUUUGAAAUACACAUUGAUGUCUAAUUGUAGUUUAUUUAACUUAAAUAAUUGUCAAAGGGUUCGUAUACGAUUAGAAAAAAGAAAAACUUACUGAAAUAAAUUUCAUAUGUGUGAAAUCUUGUCAAAUAGUUCUGAACAUUAUAAGUAAAGCGCAGAGAUAUCGAAAA